UCUAGGCAACGGGUGCAUCCUUUCUAAAGCUGUAUGGGUUAAUUCUGUCAGGGAGAGAAUUAUUAAUGGACUGGUAACAAUAGGAACCUAGUUUAUUUAAUGUGUGUAUGUGUUCCAGUAGCUAUUGAAAAACAGAACCUGCUUGAUAUUUGGGAAAAAACGGCUCUGAAUUUAUCUGCGUUUUAUGUUAAUUUGAUCAGGAGGUGCUGGUCAUAAAAUAGCGAUCUGUCAGAGGAUGAUGAGGCGCAGAAUUCGUCUGUAACCCUGGAGUGAAUAAUAAGGGUGGGGGAUAAUUUUGGUAAACCAAAAUACCUCUUAAACUUCGAAUAUGGAGAUGGGGAAGACUGACAAGGGAAAUUCAAAUUGAUGGGAGUUGCAGGGAGAAUGCGACUCCAGUUGGAUGGGUCUAGCUGGAACUGGGGCAUCGAACAUGCAGGGUACACAUGGACGUGUCAUCGGAGAAAGGGAUUAGUCUAACCUUUUGCUGCGAUGGAACGAUAGGCAAAAACGCGAAGAAAGGGAAUGAACGUUUUGUUUUUACAGAACUGGCUCACCAAAAUCUCAGUAUUGUAUACAACCGUGUAAAAAACUGGACUCAAGUUCUCGGUUCCACGGUGUAACGUAAGCGACGGAUUGAAAUAUCUUCGGAAGGUUACCUUAACAGGGGGAAGAUGCCGUUUCACCACGUGACGGCAGGCUUGCUGUACAAGGGGAACUACCUGAGCAGCUCGCUGUCUGAUGGGAGCGACAGCGACCAGCUGGCCAGCAUUUCUGCGGAGGAGCUCAGGGAAAUCCGGGAAGCAUUCAGGGUGCUGGACCGUGAUGGAAAUGGCUUCAUAUCCAAGCAGGAGCUGGGAAUGGCUAUGCGCUCUCUGGGGUACAUGCCUAGUGAGGUGGAGCUAGCCAUCAUUAUGCAGCGACUAGAUAUGGACGGGGACGGUCAAGUGGAUUUUGAUGAGUUCAUGACGAUACUGGGUCCCAAGCUUCUGUCUUCUGAAACAAGGGAAGGCUUCCUGGGCAAUACAAUAGACAGCAUAUUCUGGCAGUUCGACAUGCAGAGAAUAACACUGGAAGAACUGAAGCACAUCUUGUUCCAUGCCUUUCGGGACCACCUUACGAUGAAGGACAUCGAAAACAUUAUCAUCACUGAGGAGGAGAGUCUGAAUGAGAACUCCGGAAACUGCCAGACGGAGUUUGAAGGAGUCCACUCAAAAAAGAAGAACCGACAGACGUGCGUGCGCAAGAGCCUGAUCUGCGCAUUCGCCAUGGCCUUCAUCAUCAGCGUCAUGCUCAUCGCAGCCAAUCAGAUGCUGCGGAAUGGCAUGGAAUAGCCACAGCCACUGUGAGCGGAGGGGGGAGGGGCGGAGCCUACACAGGCAUGUCGGUGGGCGAAGCCGUAUCCCCUCUCUACAAUGACUCUACAGAACAGCAGCAACAACAGAAAAAAACACCCACCUCACUUGAUAAAAAUAACGAAAAAAAUUAAGAUCAAAGGACUUUGCAAGUGAGUGACACGCUAAUGUCCAGCAAAACUGAAGCCAGCCAGGCGUCUCGUGUGGGGGACGCCUCUCCACCUCUCUGGCAGGGACAUACAAGGGCUGACUUUCGCCUUGACCGUACUGGUUCCCAUAAUGCAAUAAAGUACAGGAGUUCUGAACUAUCUCUCCAGGCAAAGUUGUUUCUGUGUGAAAUUCUGGGACUGUGGUAUUUCAGAUUGGCUGCUUGUUUGACCCUAGCCAUAGCGCGGCAAAAGAAAGGCUUGAAUUCACUGGGUGAUGAAGAAUUCCAGUGUAAUGUGUUUGUUCAUGAACCAUAGGGUUUUGUAAAACUGUAGUGCUGAGACGUCAUGGGGGUGGGAGGGGAAAGAGGGGUGCUUCAUUCAUGUGCUUUUUGCUUGAUAUUGUGUAUGUGUUUAGAAAGGAGGUUUUACUUGAAGGACUCCCUCCUAGGCAGAAUCUACAGGCUUUUGGAGCUCACAGCCUUUAUCCUCCGAUGCGAACUGAUUUGAUGCGAAACAGCUGAUGUCUCUUAUAUUCCAGGGGUGUCUUCUUUUUUUUCCUGUCUUCACCUAAUGCAUAGCUACCAACGUUAAAUCACUGUUGGAGAACAGGCCAUUCAGAGUCAAAGAGGCUGGGGGUCCAUUGUGGUUUUGUAUAUGUGUAUAUGUGUGUGUGUGUGUGUGUGUAAUUUAGUAUGACUCAGGACCAGGCAGCAUGCUCAUGCCUAUGUUCACCAUGUAGGUCGCAUGGUCUUCUCGCAUUAACUUUCUGGGGCCUUUUUUGACCUGUCCGGACUGCCUUGUGUGUAAGUCUCCUCCGCAGCCAAAGCCAAAAGGAGGCGGCGGCCUCCCGCAGCGCUAAGAUUACCCCAGACAAAUUUUAAUGCCAUCUGACAGCAGCUGUCACAGCAGUGCACAGAUCUUACCGUCUGCUUCACAUUCAUCGGAGAUCUAUAGACAUUUACCAAUGUCUCUGGCUGUGCGCAUGUGAAUUUGAAUGCCCCUAACACAUUAACGAAGAAAGCUUGUACCGCGGCCAUCCACAAGAUAUUCAAAAAUCUGAAGGUUUCUUUAGCAGUGUUGAUUCAUUUUACCAUUGUAUUUUCCUCUGCUGUGAUUCACAUGCUCCUGUUCAACAAAAUGGCACAUCAUUCUUUUAAAAGAGCAUUCCUUGUAAACAGAGACAGUAUGAGUACGCUUUCAUUUUAAUAAAUGCCUGCUCUGGUUUUGUGUAGUAAUUAGGGUUUUUUUUUCAUUUACAUUGUAGCAGCUUUUGGUGUUCAAAGAGGAAGACAUUUUGAAAUGUUCAUGUUAAAAUCCCCUAGACUUAGAACCGCAUCAAUGGGAGCCUCCUUCUUGCGUGUGACACGAGUCAUCAGUGCACUCCUCGCGAAUGCAGCAAAUGGUACUGGACCACCCAGAAGUAUGGAGGUCUUAUGCAACUAAUCAGACAGCAGAAUACAACCACGGGAAACUGUAAAGGCCACUGCUGCGUAAUAGGAAAGAGCUCUGAUUCAAAAAGAAAAAAAAGAGGCUAACACCUGUAUAGAUCUUGCAGGCUCUGAGCUGACUCUGAAACGCCGUGUUGUAGAUAUGGUCCUGUGGUAACUGUGCAUGGCCUGUACCUGGGGCUAGCGGUCUGCUUUAACAGAGGGUACUUCGGAACUCCUGUAUAAACUCUCCUGAAAAAUAUAGACGUUUUAACCAACCUCAUGUUUUCUGAGGACUGUUUAUAUUUAUUGCAUGUGAUCAAGUGGAAUUCUGUAAAUAUAACCCUUAGAUUGUACUAGCUGUCUCAAGUCUAGAUGAUGACGGUGUAUGUGCAUGACAAUGUGAGAGCUUUGCCCGUUCUGCUCUGACAGAAUUGGGGAUGUAUGGUGGACAGAUGGCCUGUGGCCAGCACACAGCAUCCACCUGCAACCUCUGAGUCAAGCCAUAGAUUUCUGCAGGGAUACUAACGCCACAAACAAUAAAUAUUACACGGUAUUAUAUGUCCUAAUAGUAUCUUUGAGGGAAAAUGGUGUGGUUUGUCGAGGGAUGAACAACUCACAUGCAGAGUGAUCCAUUCUGCCGUUUUGCAAAAACCACCAAUACGAGAGAGAAUGUCUGUGGUUGAACAAUAGGUCUAUCUGGUGGUUGUUUCAUGAACUACAACAAAUGUUUGUAACCACGAUGCAUGUUUUGUGGGUGGUUUGAUCCAACUGCAAAGCGCGAUGGCCUUAAUUUCAACAAUGAAUUUGUGGACUUUUUGUGCAUUUUUUUUUUUUAUUUGAACUUACACAAUUUAAAAAAACAGCUUUAAGUAAAAUACAAUAUUGUGUAAUUUAUGGAAAAAGGAAAACUUUCUGAGGUCUUAUGAGGUUUUGGAACUUAAAGUUAAGGCAAAGCCACUCUGUGUUUGGAUUGAACCACCCCUUUGUCUCUCUAAUCCACACACAGUGUACCCGUGAAAUCAUCAUUUUCAUCUCCAUCCAGAGGAUUGAUAGAGGAGACAAUAUUCAUAUACCUACAUAAUCCUUGUUAUAUACAAUUGUCAUAUAUAUGGUGAAAAUAUUAAAUAUUAUAUGUGUGAUAUAUCUUGAAAAUAAUAAUGAAAUGCACUGUUUUGAAUUCCUUAUAAUGUAGGGUUUCCUACAGUAGCUAGGUCAUUGGAUCUGAUUAAGGCUAUGAAGAAAUAAUAAUUAAUAUUGAACCCCAUGAAGUCAUUUUUAAUGGAAAUAUGACUUUAUUUUUCCUAGUUGUUGUCACUCAGCUUGUUCUACAUUCAUCUGACUGAAUUGGUGUUUAACAGAAACUUGCUGGCAUCAGCCAAAGCAAAGGUUUGGUCUCCAGUCAUCACAAACUACUAUCCAUUACUUGAUGCCAUUGAAUUAAGAUCUGACAUUUGUUCUUUGAAGGAUGGAUGUUGUGUUUGAAAGUUAUGGUCAACUUUUAACUGUGGUGUUUCUAUGGAACUACUUCCAUUAAAUUAAAUUGCAGAGCUGGAAACCAAGCUUUCAGAACUCUUUUGACCACCACACCUGAAAUGCUCCCUAACUUUUGUUACUAUAAAUCAGUUAUGGGAGGGGGAUUUUUUUAGAACACUUAACAGUCAUAAUGAAAUGUCAGUAGCAUGGGGGAUAAAUGACAACCUUGUAUAAAUACGUGUACAUAGUCUAUACAUAUAUUUAGAAAACACAUACAAAUUUAUGUAAACUUGGC